AUGGAUUCAAAAAGCCCUAAAACACUUUCGGGUGCAAUUAAGUGUUUAGGUGGUUGUGCUAUUCAGGGAAUAGCUUGUGGUAGUUGUGGAUAUAUUAUGGGGAAUAUAGCUAGAAAUGCAGCUGUAGCAAGAGCUAAACAAAAGAAAUUUACUUCAAGUUACUUCUUAUUAUUAAUUUUUGGUGAAUUAGUUGGACUUUUAUCUUUAGUUUUAGGAAUGUUAAUUUUAUCAACAGCUAAAUAA